UAUCGAAGUAAUAUAAAUUAACACAAACAGAAAUAUGGCUGCAGAAGUGGAAACCUCUGCUGCGGUGGAUAAAACAUCGGCUAAUGCUGAAGAACUAGAAAACUAUUACUUAAUGCUGGAAUCGGGCAACAUACCAGAACUACAAUGGCAAUUCCCUGGACGGCGCGCGCCAUCGCCGGACGCUAAUGCCGGUGGUAACCAUAAAGAGGUGGAAGCAGCUGCUGAGACUGUGGAACAAGAGCCACAGAAGGCAAACGAUUUUGAUUUCAGCGACGAUGUUGCACCCACUCAAAUGCGUGUACGUAGCCAAACAUCGACGCCAAAGUCGGCCAAGAAGAAGACGGCCAAUUUUGCCGGCGUUAUGGAGACGUUGAAGAAGAAGAAAACUGAAGGCUCCUAGCAGACAAUAAAUCUUCUAGCAAGACGCUAAUGAAAUAUGUAAAUAUGUACAUAUAAACAUGUAUUUAUAUAUACUGAUAGAAAGAGCAGCCA